AUGGCCGCAUUGAAACCGUUUCCUGCCAAGAAGCAUCGCGUGCGUCCGCUCAAACGAUUAAUGGAUGAGUUCUGCAGUAAUAGUGCCAUCCAUGGGGUUAAAUAUUUUGUUGGCGCCCAUAGAGCACUGAUUGAGAAAACCUGGUGGAUAUUGGUGUUUCUGGUUUCCCUGGCAGGUUGUGGAAUUCUGAUCCGAACCAUUUUCUUCAAAUGGCUCAGUGAGCCGGUGAUUUUAACGUAUGCCCAGAAGGCGGUUCCGGUUUUUAUGAUCCCUUUUCCUGCUGUCACCAUUUGUCCGGAAACGAAAGCCAAAAUGCGUAACUUCAACUUUACCAAGAUGUACCACACCACUUCCAGGGCAAAUUAUCGAGCCAAUGAAACCGAUGAACAAUUACAGAAACUGGAAGUGAUGCUUCAAAUUUGCGAGUUUGUGUUCAACCGAAUGACGAGCAACCGAAGCUUCGAUGAUGAUUGCGUUAAGCUGAUGCGUCGUUUGGCGAUACCACCGCAUGAAAUUUUCAUCCUGUGCCGCUGGCGAAACAAAGCUUUCAAUUGCUUCGAGGAGUUCUCGAUCACUCUAACCGAUGUGGGAAUUUGCUUUACCUUCAAUUCGGCCGCUGAAAAGGAUAUUAUGCGCGUUGAUCAACUGAUUCCCAACCAGAGGUACAUGUCGGCCGCGAGAUCGUCAAACAAUUGGUCCCUGGAAGAAGGAUAUCCCCAGGGAGCCAGCAUUCAUACCUACCCUAGGAGGGUAAUUGGAGCGGGUAUAACCUCUGGCCUGUCAAUACUGCUGAAGUCCAACAUAAGUGAUUUUGACUACCUUUGUGGGAACUCAUUUCAAGGAUUCCGGGCACUGCUACACAUGCCGACAGAGUACCCACUGCUCAUCAACCAGCACUUCCGGAUACCUCUGGAGCAUGAAACGACCGUUGCCGUCUUACCCCAGGUGAUUAUCACCUCCGAGAGUGUUCAAUCCUAUCAACCGAAACGUCGAAAGUGUUUCUUCGACCACGAGCGUUAUUUGCGGUUCUUCCGGGUCUACACCCAGAGCAACUGCGAGCACGAGUGUUUGGCGAAUUUCACGAUACGGCGAUGUGGCUGUGUAGCGUUUUACAUGCCCCGAGCACCCGGAGUGAGGAUUUGCGGUUUAGGGUUGAAAAAGUGCUACCAGGAUGCGAUGAUCGAGCUGCUAGAGAUGGAAGCCAACCUUUACGGUCGCUCCCAGCGCUUUGUGAAAGAGUGCUCUUGUUUGCCGGGUUGUACCUCGAUACUCUACAACACGGAAAUAUCCCAGGCAUCGUUCGAUUGGACCAAAGUUAUUACGAUAGAAUCUAAACUAGGGAAGGCUCUCGAAGGAACACAACUGGCACAUCUACAGGUGUUUUUCAAAGACUCUCGGCUAAGACCAAUCGAACGUAACGAGCUGUACGGUUCAACUGACUUGAUAGCUAAUUGUGGAGGACUCCUGGGACUGUUUAUGGGUGUUAGUUUGUUGAGUUUAAUGGAGAUUAUGUACUUUUGUGCGGUUAGACCACUCAUCAAGUGGUUGUUACCAGUUUUUGUGGAGCCUAAAAUUAACCACAAACUCGCGAAAGUGAAUUUGCUGGAGGUUCAACCCAUUCACCAGGGAAACGAGUUCAUCAAACCAAAGAUAGUUGUUUACUAA